AUUUAGAGUCGGCAAGCGAAGCCCGGGCUAAGCGUUCUUGACCAGAAAACGCUUCUGUUCUCAAUUCAGUAGCAGGCAUUCCAUAGCGGACAGUCAUACAGGCGCGGCCGGACGCAUGGCCAGCCUGGCUACGUCGCUGGGCGGUGUGCUGGGGCGCAGCGGCGGCGUCAGUGGCGCCAGCGGCGGCGGCAGCAGCCGGCGCCGCCUCUUCGUCCCGGGGCCAGCCUCAACCGGCGGCGCCGCCGCCGCAGACGACCUCGGGGGCUCCCCACAUCCCUCUGCGCCGCCGCUGCCGCCGGACCUGCUACUGCCGGCGGCAGCGAUCAUGCAAGCAACGGGUGCGGGAGGUGGAGGGCCACGCGACGCGUCGUCCGGACCCGCCGCCGCCGCCGCCGCCGCCGCGCAGCAGCAGCGCCUGCAGCAGCAGCAGCAGCAGCAGCAGCAGCAGCAGGCGUACCCGGAGGUGCCCGGUCGCAGCCGUGGCGGUGGUGAGGGCGGCAGUAGCAUUGGCAGUCCAGCAGCAGUAGCAGGCGAGGGGCUGCCGUCGUGGCCGCAGCCAGCAGCAGCCGCCCCGGCCGCCACACCAGUUGCUACAGCCUACGCAGCCGCCGAGGUGGCGGCGGCUGCGGACGCCGGCAGCAGCAACCUGCUACUGCCGGCAGCGGCGGAGCAGAGCGAGGACGUGGUCGGGGUGAUUGGGCGCCUGGCGGCGGCGGCACGUCGCCCGUUGGCACGCUUCCUUCGUGGCGGCAGUAGCAGCGGCGGCGGCCCUGGCAGCGGCGGCGGCGGCAGUAGCAGUGGCAGUAGCAGUACCGGCGAGGAUGGCCGUCGCGCUCUGAAUCAGGCGAUGACGGCGGCGGCGGCGCGGUCGGAGCAUGCUACUGCUGCUGCCGGCGGCAGUAGCGGCGGCGGCGGUGCCUUCGGCGGCAGUAGCAGCGACAAUGCUACAGCCGCUGGUGCUGCUGCUGCCGGUCGGGAGCUGAUGUGGCGACACCGGGAUGUGUUGAUGGCGGACGUGUCGUUGUUCCUGGUGACGCCCACGCAGCAGCCACAGGCGCCGGCGGCCGUGCGGGCCCUGGUGGAGGGAGACGCGCUGCGGCUGCGGCUACUGCCGGCUACUGCCGCUGCUACUGCCACUGCGGAGGGAGGCGGUGGCGGGGCUGGUGGCGGUAGCAGCGGGUCUGGUGGCGUGGUGCGGAUGCAGGUGGGAGAUGUAUUUGAGGUGGUGCUGAACCCACCGCCGCCGCUUUUGCCACCUCACCAUCACCAGCACCGCAACCAGCAUCACUCGCCGCCGCCGCAGCAGCAGCAGCAGCUACUGCCGCUCAUGCGGGCCGGACCCGGCAUCUACACCUUCCGCCUGCCAGCGGCGGAAGCAGCAGCUGCUGCUACUGCCGCCAUCCCCACAGCCACCACCACCAGCAGCGGCAGUAGCAGUGGCAGUAGCAGCAGUAGCAGCAGUAGUAGCAGUAGCUACUACUGCCUGACGGUAUCGCCGACUACGGCCGACAGCUGCAGCCUGGACGAGCUGGACGCCGUGUUUGCCGCCUACACCUGCUACAGCCGCACCCCACCUGCUGCUGCUACUGCCACUGCUUCUGCUACUGCUGCUACAGCCGACUAUGGCAUCAACGGCGGGGCCGCCGGAGGGAGCCAGGGCGGGUGGCGGGCUGCGGCGGCGGCGGCACCCGCCGGUCCCUGGGUAGCACACGCCGAGCCGGCGGCGGCUGCGGCGGCGGCGCCUGGCGGCGGUGGCGGCGGCUCUCCCUACGUCGGCGCCACUGCGCCGUCGUGGCCGCCGCCGCGGGACACCAGUGGUGCUGCUGGAGGCCUGCGGAACAGGCGGGGUGGCAAGGAGCAGCGGCAGCAGCAGCAACAGCAACAGCUGCAGCAGCAACAGCGGCAGCAGGCAGGGUUUGGCUACAGCGGCAGAAGCUACCCGGCGAUUGCGCCGCCGGCGGCGGCCUCGGCGACCGUAGUAUACCCGCAGCAACAGCAGCAGCAGCUGCAGCUGGCAGUAGCAACAUCAGGCGGUGACGGAGAGUGGCUGCUGCAGUAUGGCGGCGGGGGCAGUAGCAGCACCGCAGCAGCGGCAGCAACGGCGGCGCCGGCGGCUGUAGCAGCCAUGGCUUGGGCGGCUGUAGCAGGCGCGAGCUCGCCGGCUGAGGCUGCCAACCGGGUGGCUGCGGUGUCGGUGUGGGCGGCACGGGCGGCGGGGCGGGGGCUGGUGGCGGCGGCGCACGUGUCGGCGUACGGCAUCCGUCGCAAGGCGGACGACAUCAUCCGAGGCCUGCCUGCUUCAGCGGUUGCAGGCGAGGACGACGAGGGCACCACGACCACGACCCACCUGCAGCAGCACCCGGCAGUAGCAGGCGGCGGCGGCAGUAGCAGGAGCGGUCACAAGAGGGAGGUGCUGCGCCGCUUUUUUUACGCCCUGAUCCACGGCAGUAGCAGCGAUGCCACCGCUACUGCCGCUGACGCUGGUACUCGGCGGCGGCGGCGCCGUGGCGCAAGGCGGCGGUCAUUCCCGUCGUCCAACUCUGUCGCCACCGCAAUGGGGACGGCGGCGCUGCUGGUGCCGGUGCGGGUGUGGGUGGUGCUGGUGUGGGUGGCGGCGCGGGCGGCGGCGGCGGCGGUGGGGCUGGUCUGCGAGCUACUGGCCCGUCUGGGCGCGGCGGCGGCGGACGCGGUUAUCUGGGCCAGCGGCCGCGCCGGCCACCUGGCGCCACACCUUCCGUCAUCGCCGCCGCCGUCACCGCCGCCGUACUGGCAGCAGCAGCGCUACCCGGCGGCGGCGCCCGUGGUGGGCUGGCCAGCUCCCGCGGGAGGGGGCGGCGGCGGGUGGCAGCAGCAGGAGCAGGAGCAGCAGGAGCAUGGCGAGGGAGGGCACGCGGCGGAGAGGGGCCCGGCGGCGGCGGCGGCGGCGUGGCGGCUGCUGGCGGCGGCGCUGGUGGCGCUGUCGCUGCCGGCGGAUGUGGCCAAGGCGGCGGCGGGGGCGGUGCUGCUGAUAUAUGGCGAGCUGCACGGGGCGGCGGAGGAGGCGGCGCGGCUGGUGCUGGGAGCGAGUGCGGCGGCGGCGGCGGCGGUGGCGGAGGCGGCGGGCGGUGCGGCGGCGGGCGGCCUGACCCGGGGCGCGCUGGAGGCAGUGGGCUACGCCCUGGAUGCAGCCACAGGCAUCCGCAAGGUCGGGCUACGUGCUGUGGCCCUGGAGUAUCAGAAGCGACACGCCGCGGCGGCAGUGCUGAGGCAUCUGCCCACAGGCACCAGCAGCACCGGAGCCAGGGGCGGCGGGGGCGGGGUUGGCUAUGCGGCAGCGCCGCCGCCGCCGCCUCUGCUGCCGCCACCGCCGCCAGUGACGGCACCGCCGGUGGUCCCGCCACGCGGCCGCUACACUUUCAACCAGCAGGAGUGGUGAUGUGGAGUGUAAGCAGUCACAAAACUGGCGCAUGGGGCGUGCGUGCGUGACUGAGAAGACACGCAGUGAAAGGCGUGGGAAUGGAGCCUGCGCGGUACGGAUUAUUGUCAGGUAUUGUACGGGCUACGAAGUGCGGAUGCGGUAUGGAAGCAAGUAGGACGUCACGUUUGGUGCCCGUGGGGCCCGGGCGUGGCUAGCUGGAGUGGGAGUUGGCGCAGGAGUGUGUGUGGGCUGCUGCUGGGGGUGAGCCUGUGAGGCCUUGCACGGCUUGCAAAUGCGGGUGGACGGAGAGGACAGAACGGACAGAUGUGGGGCAACCGGGGCAAGCAGUUUAGGGCACGUGCUGACACGGGCGGCCUUUCUGUUAGCGCUUAAUCUCUAGCUUGACUGAUCAGCGACACUGCGCUGCCCUGAUGCAGCAAUAAUACGGCACAUGCAAGUCUGUACCAACAACGCGCGCGAGCUGGUACACGUCAGCCCUGCCCGGACCGGCAGUCUGCUUCACGCCAGUGUAACCAUUUGGUGCG